AAUGGGAACCCACCAACCAACCAACAAACAUCACUGUCCCACGUUCUUCCUUUUUUUGCUCCACCAUCCAGCACCGUUCACCGGAAACCUCGCCGGAACCUGUAAGCCGCUAAUUUCUCCAGCGUUCCUCCUACGGAUCCGAUCGCGAUGAGCACCGGAGAACUUCUCAGCAUCGAGCCUCAAGAGCUCCAGUUCCCCUUUGAAUUGAGAACGCAGAUCUCGUGUUCCCUGAACUUGUCCAACAAGACCGAUAAUUAUGUGGCUUUUAAGGUCAAAACGACAAAUCCAAAGAAGUACUGUGUGAGGCCAAAUACUGGAGUUUUGCUGCCUAGGUCUACGGUCAACAUUACUGUUACAAUGCAAGCUCAAAAGGAAGCACCUCCUGAUAUGCAAUGCAAAGACAAGUUUUUACUUCAGAGUGUGGUUGCUAGUCCUGGAGCGGAUUUUACUCCAGAGAUGUUCAAUAAGGAAUCCGAGCAUCAUGUUGAAAAGUGCAAGUUGAGGGUUGUUUAUGUUGCACCUCAACGGCCUCCAUCCCCUGUUCGAGAAGGAUCCGAGGAAGGCUCUUCACCUAGGGGUUCAGUGUCGGACAAUGGUAGCUUGAAUGUGGCAGAACUUUCAUACGUGUCAAGAGCUCAUGUUGAGCGGCAUGAACGUCAAUACAAGUCAUCCGAUGUAAGGUCUGUCAUUUCCAAGCUAACCGAGGAGAAGAACUCUGCCAUUCAGCAGAAUAACAAGCUUCAGCAAGAACUGGGACUCCUGAGACGCGAAGCCAAAAGAAAUCAGGGUGGUAUUCCCUUCGUUUAUAUAUUUCUUGUCGGCUUGAUUGGCAUCAUUUUGGGAUACCUAUUGAAAAGAACAUGACCCCCUCCGGAUUACACAAUCUUCGUUGUUCAUCGGUGCAACCUUCAUGACUCGGAACAAAAAUGAAAUUUAGAGAAUCAGAAAGGUAAGUGGUAGCUUCUCCUGUCUGAAUGUAGUAAUACUAAUUUUUUUGUAAUGGUAUACCCGAAACAAAAAACAAACAAUCAUGUUCAAUGUGUGGACAUGGAAGGGCAUUGUUUGUUCAUUGUAUUACCGUGCAUUGAGAUUACAGUAGGGUCUUUGAUGUUUCGACUGGGAAUUACUGGAUUUUAUAACUGUUUGGCCAACACAUAUAUUUAGGGGAAACUAACUCUUUAUUCAUGAUGUUAAGGU